AUGCUGCUGUACCUACUAAGCCUCCUCGCCCUAGGGGCGACGGUACAAGCCAUUCCAACGGCAUCAUCUCCGACAGUGACUAUCCGCAACGGAACCUAUGUCGGUGUGUAUAGCACGACAUAUGACCAGGAUUUCUUCCUAGGUAUGCCAUAUGCGCAGCAGCCGGUUGGGAACCUCAGAUUCACAGUGCCGCAGUCUUUGAAUAAGACUUGGAAUGGGGCGCGCGAUGCGAAGGCGUACUCGGAUAUUUGUGUUGGAUAUGGAACGGAUCAAAUAUGGUACCCACAAUCGGAAGCAUGUCUGACCUUGAAUGUUAUCCGAGGCUCGUCUGUUAAGAAGGGCGACAAGCUUCCUGUCGGCGUGUGGAUUAAUCCAGGUGGGUUCUACGAGGGGUCUGGCGCAGACAAGCGCUAUAACAUGUCUGCGAUAGUGGAAAACUCGUACAGAAUCGGCAAGCCAUUCAUUGCUGUCACUCUCAAUUAUAGACUCUCAGCCUGGGGAUUCAUAAGCUCAAAUGAAGUGUCCGGGAGUGGAAACACAAACCUAGGCUUAAGAGACCAGCGACUAGCACUGCAAUGGAUUCAAGAGAAUAUUGCCUUCUUCGGCGGCGAUCCUGAAAAAGUUACCAUCUGGGGCGAGUCGGCGGGUGCAAUAUCAGUCGGCUAUCACUUGACAGCAUACGGAGGUCGCGACGAUAAGCUAUUCCGAGCUGCUAUCAUGCAAUCAGGGAGCUCUACCUAUGAAUCCACAUCUAACUAUAUCACUUUCCAGUCGAUGUAUGAUGAGCUCGUGUCAAACGUUGGCUGUACAAAUGUCAUCGACACUCUACAGUGUUUACGUGAGGUGCCGUUUCAAACUCUCAAUUCUGUUCUGAAUGGAACCGAUGGUUCGCCCGACUAUAAAUUUUUGCCUGUUGUGGACGGUGACUUGGUGCAGAAAUAUGGGAGCAUACAGCUUAACAACCAUGAGUUUGUCAAGGUUCCCAUCAUCGCUGGUAGCAACACGGAUGAGGGGACAUCUUUUGGUCCGGUAGGGAUUAAUACCACUGAGCAGUGGUACAAAUGGCUCACUGGUGGAGGAUUUAACUUCCUAAUGCCGCCAUUUGUGGCGGAGAAGAUCCUCCAGCUAUACCCCGAUGACCCAUCCCAAGGAAUUCCAAAAUUCCUAGGGUCCGCACGAGUGCCCUCCAAAGGCUACCAAUGGCGGCGCACAUCUGCCUUUGCAGGCGACUUCUAUAUGCAUGCAAAUCGACGACGCCAAUGCGAAGUAUGGUCAGAAACAUCCACGCCAGCCUACUGUUACCGGUUCAACGUGCACUCAGCUGACACGCCGAUUAUUAAUGGGGCGACACAUUUUGAAGAUGUGGCCUUUGUAUUUCACAACAUUGACGGUCUGGGAUAUCACUACGGGAAGCCGUUUGAUGGCGUACCGCAGUCGUAUAUCGACCUUAGUGAGAUGAUGACUAGUAUGUGGGCAUCUUUUAUCCAUGAUUUGGACCCUAAUUCUGCGGCAAAUCACUCAGUGAUAUGGGAGGCUUAUGAGAAAGAGAAGCCUCGUGAUCUUUUAUUUGAUGCUAAUACUACGAGUCGUAUGGAGGCUGAUACGUGGCGGAAGGAGGGGAUUGAUUAUAUCAAUUCUGCUGCGUUGGCAUUUUGGCAAUAG